AUGGCUGAAGCAGCAGUAGGGACCCGUCAAGUAUUUGAUUAUAAUCAUUCUAGUGAUGUGGAAUAUAAACAAUUGAGAGAACAAGCUCAAAGACAUUUUAAAACACAUAAACAAUUAAGUGCAGAAUCACAACAAGCCUAUAAGAAUGGGGAUAAAGGUAGAGCAAAACAACUAAGUGAUAAAUCACAUCAGGAACAUCGUCAAUUUCAGCAACUUAACAAUCGUGCGGCUGAAUUUGUCUUUGUUGAAAAUAAUAAAGACUCUAUGUCAAAUGAGAUAGAUUUGCAUGGUCUUUAUGUUAGUGAAGCAGAAUAUGUUGUGAAAAAAAGACUCAUAUAUGGUAAUAGUCAUGGCGAACAAGAUAUUCGUAUUAUUGUUGGGAAAGGUAAGCAUAGUAGUGGCGGUGUUGCAAAGAUCAAACCUGCCGUGGAAGGUCUUUGCCAGGAGGCAAAUUUUCAAUGGGGGAUGGAUUCAAAGAAUGAUGGUGUAAUUGUGGUUAAUGCACAAAAUGGGAAUAUCCCUAAUCAAUGGCAUAAAGACGUUGAAUCUGUUGAUUCUACUAUUAAUCAACCGUCGACUUAUCAACCAGCACAACAAAUGCAAUAUGCACCACAACAGCAACAAACGAAUGCUAAUAAUAAUAAUAAUAACAAUAACAAUAACAAUGAUGUAUUCAGCAGUAUAUUAAAACUGCUAUGCAUUUGCAUUCAAAAAAACAUGUAA